AUGCCUUUCAAACAAGAAUAUUUCACUCUAAACAAUGGCCACAAGAUACCAGCUGUUGCUGUGAUUGGCACAGGAACCAGAUGGUUCAAAAAAGAGGAAACUGAAUCAAAUUUCUCGCACGAAUUGGUUUCGCAAAUCAAAUAUGCCCUUACAUUGCCCGGUGUGAUUCACAUUGAUGCAGCUGAGAUUUAUAGAACGUAUCCAGAAGUGAGCCAAGCUUUGAAGGAAGCAGGAAGAAGAAGAGACGAAAUAUUCAUCACUGAUAAAUAUUCUACAUCCUUGAAGCUAUCCGAAAAUCCUGUUAAGGGACUGGACAUAAGCUUAGAGAAAUUAGGUUUGGAUUAUGUUGAUCUCUAUUUACUUCACUCACCAUUUGUUAAUGAGGAACAAAAUGGCUUCACCCUGGAACAGGCCUGGAAGUACAUGGAGGAGAUCUACAAUUCUGGGAAGGCGAAGAACAUUGGUGUAUCUAACUUUGCAAAGGAGGAUCUAGAAAGAAUAUUGAAGAUUGCCACGAUUAAGCCCCAAGUGAACCAAAUCGAGUACUCUCCUUUCUUACAAAACCAGACCCCUGGUAUCUACAAAUAUUGCCAGGAGCACGAUAUCUUGUUGGAGGCGUACGCACCUCUAGGACCAUUACAAAAGAGACCUACUGAUGCAAGAUCUGAUCCUUUCUAUAAGAUUGUCGACAAAUUGGCACACAAGUAUGACAAAUCUGAGGCUUUGAUAAUCCUACGUUGGGUUUCGAAACGUGGUGUUCUUCCUGUUACUACAUCAUCAAAACCUUCUAGAAUUCAAGAUGCUCAGCAUCUAUACGACUUUGAUUUGACCGGUGUAGAAACCGAGGAACUCACUAAGGCAGGCCUAGAGCAUGAACCAUUGAGACUGUACUGGACUGAACAAUAUUCUAAGUUUGAUUCGGAAGCGCAAAAGUUGUAA